GGCGGCCGCGCCUCCGAAACUGAUCUCGUGCUCUACGAGACAGACCGGUACGAGGCACCGGAGGAAGAGUAUAUGGUGGUGAGGAGAGAGCGCAUCGAGGAACCUGAGGGUGGAGUCAGGAUCGAGAAGGACAGGAAAGGUAAGAUGAGCAUUAGCGUGCCGAAAUACUAUCUGAAGUGAUGUAUGUCACUGCGAUGGUGUUCCUGCUUAUCCUCUGGUGGGUUAGUGACCUCUGGGGAUGUCUUGUAGACUGUGGCUGACUUUUCUGUCUUUACAGUCCCGCCGCCAAAGCUUCUUAGAGCUAUGUUGGCUACGCUCACUUAAAGCCCUAUUACCAAUCGAAUGGGAGGAUACCUGGAAUUCGAGGGUCGGGAACAAAUGCCAGGCGCAUAUGUUGUCGAUGGGGGGUGGACUUUUACUUCUUGCGAUCUCUUCUCGUUUUCACGGACAUCUGGGAUAUAGAAAGGAACCGGAUGGACUGGGCCCGGGAUCUGGGUUUAAUACACACUUCACGGAUGGACGGGAGGUGGGCAGGCAGCACGGUCUUUGCAAUUUCCGGUGCUUUAUUUCAAAGAUGUUGUAGGUUCAAUUUAAGGGGGAGGGUGAGAUAGGAUAGGCCAAUCAGUCAGUCAACGAGACACGAAUUUCCUUCA